AUGGGCCCGUAUCCCUCUUCAACCUUCUUGUUCUGGAGGGGCACCUUCAACCAGCUUCGCGGUGCACUGGUAGCGGCUUCUGAAGUUCUAAAGAAACACAAAAAACAACACCAUCCCUCUGCCAAGAUGUCCUUUCUCAGCGUCAGUCGGCUAGCGCCAAAACUUCUCGCCUCCAAGAAUGCCGCUUAUGUGCUUGUGGCUGCCAGAAAUGCCAGUGCAUCAACAACAAAUCUAAAGGAUGUUCUGGCAGACCUCAUCCCCAAAGAACAGAACAGGAUUAAGAACUUCAAAACGCAGUAUGGCAAAACAAACAUCGGCCAAAUCACUGUUGAUAUGAUUUACGGAGGGAUGAGAGGAAUGAAGGGACUGGUGUACGAGACCUCAGUUUUAGAUCCAGAUGAGGGCAUCCGCUUCAGGGGCUACAGUAUCCCCGAGUGUCAGCAGCUGUUGCCCAAAGCUCCAGGAGGAGACGAGCCGCUGCCCGAGGGCCUCUUCUGGCUGCUGGUCACAGGACAAGUGCCCACAGAGGAACAGGUGACGUGGGUCUCCAAAGAGUGGGCAAAAAGGGCAGCUCUUCCAUCUCACGUCGUCACCAUGUUGGAUAAUUUCCCCACAAACCUGCACCCCAUGUCCCAGUUCGGCGCAGCCAUCACCGCUUUGAACAGUGAGAGCAGCUUUGCACGGGCGUAUUCUGAAGGCGUCCACAAGUCAAAGUACUGGGAGUUUGUUUAUGAAGACUCCAUGGACCUGAUUUCCAAACUGCCCUGCAUUGCAGCAAAGAUCUAUCGUAACUUGUACCGUGAGGGCAGCAGCAUCGGCGCCAUCGACUCCAAUCUGGACUGGUCCCAUAACUUCACCAACAUGCUGGGCUACAGUGACCAGCAGUUCACAGAGCUCAUGCGGCUCUACCUCACCAUCCACAGUGACCACGAGGGCGGUAAUGUGAGUGCCCACACCAGUCACUUGGUUGGCAGUGCGCUGUCCGACCCUUAUCUGUCCUUCAGUGCAGCCAUGAACGGCCUGGCUGGUCCUCUGCACGGUCUGGCAAAUCAGGAGGUGCUGGUGUGGCUGACGGCGUUGCAGAAGGAGCUCGGAGGAGAAGUGUCUGACGAGAAGAUGAGAGAUUACAUCUGGAACACACUCAAGUCUGGGAGGGUGGUUCCUGGUUAUGGGCAUGCUGUCCUGAGGAAGACGGACCCUCGUUACACCUGUCAGCGUGAGUUUGCACUGAAGCAUCUACCCAAUGACCCCAUGUUCAAAAUGGUGGCUCAACUCUACAAGAUCGUCCCCAACGUCCUUCUGGAGCAGGGCAAAGCCAAAAACCCCUGGCCCAACGUGGACGCACACAGCGGAGUCCUGCUGCAGUACUACGGCAUGACAGAGAUGAACUACUACACGGUUCUGUUCGGCGUGUCGCGGGCUCUGGGCGUAUUGUCUCAGCUCAUCUGGAGCCGUGCCCUGGGCUUCCCUCUGGAGCGCCCCAAGUCCAUGAGCACUGAUGGACUCAUGUCUCUGGUCGGAGCCAAAUCAGGCUGA